AUCCCAAGGAGACAUGUCCUGCUUUCACCGCGCUCAGCUUCAGCAGCGCCCUGAUAGGGACUGACCUGGAAGUGAAGCUGAUGCUGUACACCAGGCAGAACGAAGACUGCGCCGAAGAGCUCAAUUCUACAGCCUCCAAGUAUCUAGAUCUGAGCAAGAAAACCACCUUCAUUAUCCACGGGUACCGGCCCACAGGCUCUGCCCCGGUCUGGAUCACUGACCUGGUGCAUCUCCUGCUUUCUGUAGAGGACAUGAACGUCAUCGUGGUGGACUGGAACCGAGGGGCAACUACUAUCAUCUACAGCAAUGCUUCCAGAAAUGGCAAGAAAGUUGCUGAGAUUCUGAAGAAAUUUAUGGAUGAAAUGUUGAUGAACGGCGCGUCGCUUGACUCCAUUCACAUGAUAGGAGUAAGCCUGGGAGCACACAUCUCCGGCCUCGUGGGACAGAUGUUUGAUGGGCAGCUGGGAAGGAUCACAGGCCUCGACCCAGCCGGCCCCCUGUACAGAGGAAAGCCACCCAGUGAGAGGUUGGACCCCAGUGACGCACAGUUUGUUGAUGUCAUCCACUCGGACACCGAUGGACUGGGCUACGCAGACGCCCUCGGCCACAUUGACUUCUACCCCAAUGGUGGCACCGACCAGCCAGGCUGCCCUCUGACAGUAUUUGCUGGAUUGAAGUACUUUAAAUGUGACCACCAGAGGUCUGUUUUCCUGUUCAUGUCAUCCUUGAAAAAGAGCUGCAAUAUCACCACGUACCCAUGUGAGUCAUACAGGAGCUACAGGAGGGGGAAAUGUACCAGCUGCGAAACCUUCCAACCCAUGCCAUGCCCCAUCCUAGGCUAUUACGCCCACGAGUGGAGAAGCCAUUUAACAGAGCAGAGCCACCCAGUGACAACCAUGUAUUUUGAUACCACGGACCAAGAGCCGUUUUGCUUAUACCACUACUUUGUGGACAUCGUCACGUGGAACAAAGGCACCAGGAGAGGCACGCUGAGCGUGGUGUUAGCUGAUGGCACUGGGAAGAAGGCAGAAUCCAAAGUUAACCCCGAAGCUGCAGCCUUCCAGCAGUACAACCACCUCAGUUUGCUCGUUGGAUUCAACCAGGAUUUUGAAAACGUAAAAAGGAUUUCUGUGACGUUUUCCACAGGAUCUGUCAUCGGCCCCAAAUUCAAACUCAGGAUUCUCCAAAUGAGGUUCCGCUCACUCACAAACCCAGAAAGGUAAGUGCUGCACAAACUGUCCUUACUGCAAGAUGGGCAGAAGUAGAGAAAUCUCCCACAUCCCAGGGCCGGCAAGUUUGUCAAGAGGAAUUACAUUGUAUUCAAUAAUUCUUGUAUACACGUCUUGGGAACAAAUCCCCGACCAUCUGCCCGACCACAGAGGUUAUCUUGUUGCUUUGAAAACAUAAUUUGUGGUCUGAUGUUUUAACCUCUGUUCAGGAUCAUGACCUGUGUGUGGCUGCACAGAAGCUGCCCAGGCCUGAACUCAGUGCUGAAAGCGAACAGAACUCUCAGGGAAAUACAGCCACAGGAAAUAUCCAUAUCCAGUUAGGGAGAUUCAUUCCCUCUUGGAAUCCCGGUGACCGGGAGCUGCAAAGCAGUGACUGCUGACCACUGCACACGCCGAUGGGACUCCUGCAGAGACUUCGGUCAUCCUUAUCACCUCCAUGUGCUCUGCAGCCCUACUGAAAAGACCCCUCAGAUCCCCAAGUCCAACC